CAACAUGGAACCGGACAGAAUUUGCUACAACAUGCAGAUGUAGCUAGUUGGCUAGCUACAUUCAUUUAUCUGUUAAAUUAAAUAACGUAGCAGAAGUCUUAAACGCCCAGCUUUGUUUAAAUGGCUAACGUUAGCUAGCACAUUUCCUGUGCGUUGUCUGCUAGCUAACCUUAGUUAGCUAUUUUGAAUUUUGCCUAUUGUAGUACUUUGACGUCUUGAAACUAAAAUGGCUAGCUUGCUAGCUAGCUAACUUUGUCAACUAGGUGCAUUAAUUUACCCAGUGCCACUACGGUAUGAGUAGCAACAUAUUGUGAAAGUAGCUAGCUACGUCUUGUAAAAAUAUUUAACCGCACGCUAACUUAGGAACGCUGUGUUGCAUGCAGCCAUUGCAGGGACCAGACUACGCGUGGUGCACCAUAACUAAUGUUAGCUAGCUAUUUUACCGGCCUAACUGGUUCCGCGUGGGAGAUUAACGCAACUAGCUGGUUAACUAACCACUACAAACUACGUUUCAAACUUCAACCGACCUACGAUGGGAAGCCGAGACACUAAAACGGCAACUAACGUAAACUAGCAACCUACGUUUGUGGCUUGUCUAACGUUAUGCAGUCCAUGUGUACGGUUGUGCUUGUCUGAACGAUAACAUUUCCGUUAAAUUAAAUGUCGAAUAAUUUGUUGGUAGUUAAAUCAGUCCUUGUUAAAGUAGCUACGCUAGUGUGUCAUAAGCCUGUGUUGUGAUUCAGUAUUAGCAAUGCGCGAUAGUUCUAUUUGGCUGGUAGCCUAAUUUAUUAAAUGUAGGUCAUUUGGUGAGAAAUUACAAUAGUAUCUACGAACUAUAACUGCAGGUAAGUAUUGGGCCUGGUAGACAGGCACUGAAUCAAUAUUUGCCUUGCAUCUAGACCACUGCAGUGGCUCACAGCCUUUUUCUGAACCGCGGCACAAUGAUGGGAUAAAUUGUGGCACACAUACUUUUCUUAAUUUAGUUAGUGGCAAUUACCUCAUUCGAAUCCGUACUUUGUCAUAGAUUAAGUAGGGUUUAAACUAUUUGUUUCCUUACUCACGAUGGUUAAUUUGUGUGUACCCGUUUAAAACUGUCCCGCUAAAGGUGCACAUUUCUAAUAAAAAUGUGUAGCGCAGGUAAAAUAGGUCGGGACGGUUUAGAGAUGAGCAUUGUAAAGGUGCUACCACUUUUUUUUUCUGUAGCAGAGGCUGUGCAUAAACAGGCAAGUCCUAACGGUUUUCAGACUAAGAAAAAUGAUAAAAAAAUGACUUUGUUCAUGAUGCACACCCCUCAAAUAUGAGAACUGCUUCAGUGCACUGAACUUGAAUCAACAAUACAGAUGUACAUUUUAUUUUACUAGGCAAGUCUGUUAAGAACACAUUCUUAUUUUCAAUGAUGGCCUAGGAACAGUGGGGUAACUACCUUGUUCAGGGACAGAACACUAUGCUCUAACCACUAGGCUACCUGUCGCCCCAUCUGCAUAAUAAUCUGUUAUUCAAUGUAUUAUCUGAUUGACUUUCUUUCUUGCUGGUGCUCAAGUCGAAAUCCGAAUCCGAGUGUUCCGAAGUUGAACCAUUUGUCUAGACACAGGUCUAGUGGCUAUUUAAGUCUGUUACAAGGUCACACUCAAUACCCCACAUUUAACUGAACAUGUUCCCAGAAAUGUUAAAGGUUCAAUGCAGUGUUUUUUUUAAUAUCAAUUAAUUUCUGGGUAACAAUUACGUCUCUUACUGUGAUUGUUUGAAAUUAAAAUGGUCAUACAGACACAGCUUCUUAGCAAUGAACAAUUUUGCUAGGGUUGUUGCUUUACGUGGGAUGGGGGUAAACUGAAAAUUAGCUGUUAUUGGCCAAAGUGGUUUGGAACUCUCUAAUUGGUCUAACUUAUUUGCAGCAUGGCAACAACACCAUGGAAGACCAAAACUGGCAGAAAUGUCAGGCAGUCUUUUCAAUCUGCUCUUACAUUGAAAUGGCAUUAUCAUCACCAUUUUCACAAUUUCAUUGUAUUUUUUUUCCAGCCUCGUAGUGUGGAAAUAUAUUCUGAGUGCACAAAACAUUAGGAACACCUGCUCUUUCCAUGACAUCAACUGACCAGCUCAACAGUUGGUAUUUCUGAAAGAACUGGAAAAGGCCCUAUCACGUCAGCAUUGGGGGCCAAGGCGGAGCAGUAUUACUACAUUGAAUUGAAGAAGGCGCCCUUGGAUAUGGGGUGUCAUAGCGGGGAGACGAUGCGAGUCCACACUCACACAAAGUUCUGCUUCCUAUGUGUGCUCACCUUCCUGUUCCACCAGUGCAGCCACUGCCACGGCGACAGCCAGCACCAUCACCACGGCCAUCACCAAGGUGAACAUGAUGGUCAUGAACACGCCCACAGCGACCUGCAGAUCUCCCAGGCUCCUUACGUGGGCGGAGGAGGGUCUGGUGGGGAAAUGGAUGUGCAGAACAAGGGUCCUGGUGAGGUGCUAGAGCUGGAGCAGCGCUUCUAUAUCCACCAACUGUUCCGGCGUUACGGCCAGCGCGGCCAGCUGGACUUCCGUGGCUUCCAGAGCCUGCUGCUCAGCCUGGGUCUGGGGGAGGUGAAGGUGGUGGGCUUGGAGCAUGAGGAGCUGGGCCACGAUCACGUUGCCCACCUGGACCUGCUGGAGGUCCAGGAGGGGCUCCACUCACACUCGCCCACCCACGAAGAGCCAGGGCAUGGCCAUGGGCAUAGACACCAGCAUACACUGGGGAGGCCCCAUGCACACUACCACUCACACACAGAUCCAGGGCCAACUCACUCCCCCUGCAACCAGCUGGCGACCGGUGCCAGUCCAACUGUAGAUGAUGGUCCAUUGGAGGAUCACGACCACAAACAUGACUACGGCCCAGUAAAAGACGGUGACCACACUCAUGAUCAUAAACCAAAUCAUGACCACGAACAAGACAAAGAGCACAAACUCAAAGAGAGCCAACAGCUCAACCAUGAAGACCACAGCAACAAGACUCAGCCUCAUCAUGAUCAUGACCUCAAAUCCCACACACACCCCCAUCACUCACAAAACAACACAGACAGUCCUCAAGCACAUCAAGAGCAGCCGUCCACAGCCCCGGCACAGGCCCGCCAGGAGCAGCAACCAGGGGCCGAGGCUUCAGAGGUCCCCAUUGCCAAGCCCUCUGCCCCACUUACCCUACCUCCAGAAUCCAAGCCCAGGAGGCCAAGGAAACCCAAAGGCCAGUGGGCACGAAACCAAGACCACCAUAACCACAGUCAGGAACAUGACCACGUGCAUGGUCACAGUCUUAGUUCUGCGCCUAGGGGGAAGAGGGCGGCAGGUGAGCCCCACUUGAGCCCCAUGUUACCGGUGCCAGCCCUGCCCAGGCAUCAAGAGGACGUGGUUCAUCAGCAUGAGGAGUGUCUGAAUCUGACCCAGCUCCUCAACUACUAUGGCCUGAGUCCAGACUCCCGCAUCUCGCCCAGCCAGUUCACCUACCUGUGCCCGGCCCUGCUCUACCAGAUUGACAGCCGCGUCUGUAUCCGCCACUAUCACCAGGUGGACUUGGGGCAGGCCGCCCUGGAGCCAGCCAACUCCGUGUGGGUCUGGAUGUGGGGCUUUGUCUCCAUCACCAUUAUCAGCCUGCUGUCCCUACUGGGUGUAAUACUGGUGCCCAUCCUCAACCAGGGCUGCUUCAAGUUCCUGCUCACCUUCCUGGUUGCCCUGGCUGUGGGCACGCUCAGCGGAGACGCCCUGCUCCACCUGCUGCCACAUGCUCAAGGGGAGCACGACCACAGCCACGGUGAGUCAGGAAACAAGAGCAACACUAAAGAGGAGGACAUGCUCACUGCCUUUGACGGGGUCUGGAAGGGCCUGACAGCGCUGGCUGGAAUCUACUUCCUCUUCAUCAUUGAGCACUGCCUCGGCAUGUUCAAACACUACAAAGACGCAGGGGGAACCUUCUGUCGUAGGAAGAAGAGGGGUGAGGAGGCCAAGAUUGGCAGGAAGCUGUCCGAUCACAAGCUGAAUCGACGCUCGGACGCAGAGUGGCUUCACCUCAAGCCUCUCACAGAGGGUCUGGACAGCACGGCCAUCUCCUGCGACAACGGCCACAAUGACACCCAGCUUACAGAGCUGCAGCCACCUGACUCGCCCAGCAACAAGACGCCACUGGCCCCUGCAGACUUGCUUACCAAGGAGAAUGGCCGUCGGCCCAAGAAACACGGGCACAACCACGGUGGGCAUUCUCACGGAGGUGGGCAUGGGCACUCACAUGGCGGGAACUGCCACUCGGACCAGGAGAUGAAGGACGCGGGCAUCGCCAGCAUCGCCUGGAUGGUCAUCAUGGGUGAUGGCAUGCACAACUUCAGCGACGGCCUGGCCAUAGGUGCUGCCUUCAGUGCAAAUAUUACCGGUGGCAUCAGUACAUCUGUUGCAGUGUUCUGCCAUGAAUUGCCUCACGAACUGGGUGACUUUGCGGUGCUUCUGAAGGCUGGCAUGUCGGUGAAACAGGCCAUUGUGUAUAACCUACUCUCUGCCCUCAUGGCCUACGUGGGCAUGAUGAUCGGCACAGCCGUGGGCCAGUACACACACAACGUCACCAGCUGGAUCUUCGCCGUCACCGCUGGCAUGUUCCUCUAUGUGGCUCUGGUGGACAUGUUACCAGAGAUGCUCCAUGGCGACAGCGAGGAACACAAGCGCUGUCAGCUGGGCCACUUUGUCCUGCAGAACCUUGGCCUGCUCACCGGUUUCUCCAUCAUGCUGCUCAUUGCCAUCUUCGAAGACCAGAUAGUUUUUGACUUUGGCUUCUAGCGGUGGAGGGUGGGGCCGGUUGGUACGAGGGAAGGCAAAUGUGAGAUUGUGUCGGUACUUGUGCUGUUUGGCCUUUAAAAAGUGCUUUGUUUGUUCUGUGGUGGUCCAGGGUCCUGCAUGCAUAGUGAUCGAGCUCUCAUUCAUGCUCCCUGUGCCUCUCCAUUCUGUAGCUUAAAGCAGUGGCUUAUACAUAUCCCCCCAUUCUGUUGCCUUUCUCUGUUCCAUUGAGUUAUUCCUUUCAGCUCCUAGGUUCUAUCCUAUGCUCCUUCCCAUGUAGCUUAGAUGCUAUAUUGAAGGUACACCUCAAGGUUACACUCUCACCAACAAACGCCUCUUUAGUUGAUAUUGAUAAGGCCACAUUCCUUUCAGAGACUAGCUUAUGCAAGUAACACUUUGAUCAAAAGGAAUGUCACAUUCCAAUUGGUCUAAAUACAUUUGUCGACAAGUUCAUAUAUCGGCGGCUCGCCUCAGUAUCAGCAGGUGUGCUCCACUACCUUUGAGCUUCUCUCUCAGAUAGUGGACAGAGUUCCUCACCCGACUGUGUAAGAUGGAUAACCUCCUAACCUGGAGAUUUCUCCAGACUGCUUCCCACCGGUGCAGGGCCCUCCCCUACAGAGAGGAAGCUGUCAUGGCCCAGCAGCCCUCUGCUCAUCCAUCAUAACCCUGUGCAGUGUGUCGUCUUAUGUCGUUCCCACUCCCUUUAUCUGUUAUCAACCCUGUGGCUUGUCCCAUUAUCCAUGCCUAGUGCACCCGUGGUGCCUUCCCAUUGCCCCCCCCAUCCAUCGUAAACUUGUGAAAUCUGUCCCGCUGUGUAUCAACAUUUAUGGUCUAAAGCCGUGGCUGUGCCAAGUCCAUUGUGGUGGCUUUGCCAAUGAACACACUGUAAUAGAGUAGCUAGGAGCUAGCUAGUCCGUAGACUCGGAAGUGUUAAAGGAAAGUGGUGCUAAAGCCCAAAUUUGUCCCCAGGCAUUGCAUGAGUCAACAGGUCUGUAUUGAAGGUCUUCGCCCUGUUGCUCUGCAAAACAAUUGAACCAUAGCUUAGCUAUGCAUUUUGCCAAAAAUGUGAACGCUACUACCCCAACCUUAAAAGAGCGAUUGAGUGUCUAAUUAUAAUGUCUCGGUGUUCAUUUGCAGCAGUCUCCAUAUUUAUAUUUUUUUUGGUCUUGUUUUUAUGGCUAAUUUGAGAAGCAUUGUGGGUAUUGAAGGUACCCAUAAUGCUACAUAGAGCUACAAAAGAAAAACUACUUUAGGUACUCACUCGGAUGUAGGCUCCAGUCAGUUUCAUUUCAUGUUAAAUGUAGACUCGGCGACGCACAAAGUAAACAGAAUAUUAACUACAUUUCCACAACAACUAAGAGUGUUAAAGCACGGGCCUCAAGUUCUCCACUGUUUUGGUCCUGUAGCUACCACGUUAUAGCGGCGUAAAUUGCACCCGAGCACAUGAUCAGAUACUCUGUGUGACUAUUGGAGAGCAGUCUUGCAUCGCCCUCAUCUCAAUAUCUGCGGUACUGAUUCAUAGCGCUGAGUCGAUCUCUAAAAUGAUAUGGGAGAAAAAAAGUUGGAUUACCUAGAAAUAUUGCCCAACUGCAUUUGGAGGACUGAUGAUAGUCUGUAAACAAACAUUUGACAUUUUACAAAUUGAAACUUGCAUGCCCUAAAUCCUAUGUGAAUUUAAGUUAGUAUUUUCUUCUGUGUCGAAGAAACAGUGUUACUUUGCGUUUACUCCAUUAUUGAGGGCACUAGCUUGUUUUUGUAGCCAAAUACAUGCCACAUGCAUUGUGUUGUGGUAUUUUCUUAUUUUUAAAUGGGUUACUGUAAGUCUUGAUUACCCCAACGCAAUCAGGCAAAGUCAGAAGUCAAUUAGAUUGAGAGCGUAUAGUAUAUUAACUUUACUUAUUACAUGGGGGUUACACUAGUUACCUUACCCACGUUAAGACUUUUCAGCAUCAUAUAAGCACAGGAACAGUGUAAAUCUAAAGAGUGUCACUUGUAUUGUUAAACCCUGAGAUGUUUGGAUACUGUGUUGUAUCAUUCCUCCCAAACCAGUUUAAGAAAGUACUUGUAAUCAAAUAAUACAUUUUCCUGUGUCAUUUUGAAAUUGUUCUCUGACAAUCUGGAAAAGAACAAGCAUGUCAAUGGCCUUUAUCACUGCUAAAAAUAUGCUUUGUCUAUAUAUUUGAAUAUGUUCAAAUUAGCACACUUUGCACUUGUGUAAUUGAUAUUCGACUUGUAAUCAAACCGUAUAAGGUUAUCAGAUGUUCCUUUGAUUCGUUUUUCUUUUUUUUUUUAUCAAUCAUUAGUUGUAUAUUUUUGGUUAAAUGGGUGUAUGAGAGACACCACGCCGACUGUGCCAAAAGUGGCCCAUUUGGGUUUUCUUUACCAUAAUUCUGUGCUUGCCGUCGCCUCCUGACAUUCCAUUGGCUGUCUGCUGCUUGAGUGCUAAGCUAGCCAGCCUGGCUGCUUCACCUGCUGGAUCACAUUGAAAUGUGCAACCUCCAUUUAUCCUGUCACUGUGUGACAUCCAUCGUCUUGUCUUAUUGGCUGUGAAUCAUCGUCAAUCACAUUAAACUAAUGUACUUGAUUGGAUCGAAUCAUGCAUGAGGCAUGAGUGAAAUGGAACAGGAAAAUGUUUUGGAUGUAAUUGUUUCUCUGCUUUUGUAUAGAAAAAUGUAAAUUAAAAAGACUAGUCAAAUGUUGUUGUUUUUUUAAACCGAUCAACUGUAGCAAUGAGGAAUUCUUUGGGGCCUGCUGAGCCUAUUGGUAGAGCUUUCGUGUUUUAGAACAUUAAUGUUAAUUUGUUUUUCAGAGUCAGUUUUUCAACAUGAGAAAACAAAUAGAAAUAUGGGCUGAAUAGGUGCCUGCAAUGUCGCUAUAUUCUUUUAAUACAUUUUUCAUGCAAUGGAGAUGGUUACAAGUGUCUAGCCACAAUUUAGAUUACCAUGCCCCAAGGAAUAUCAGAAUCUCUUUACUGGACUAGGAGCAGCAAAUACAAAAUAAUAUGAAGGUUCAUGGUUGUUUGGUUUUUAAUUUGAUACAUUGUUUACAAACCUGGAUAUCUAAAUGUAGGCAUUGCAUUUAUCAUCCUCGCUGAUUGUCUGUGCAUUCUCUGUCUGGAAAGGAAAAUAAAGUUUGCAAAGAGCC